AUGGCCGCCUGGAGAAGGGAGGAGACGGCCGAAGCAUACUACCUCGCCGCCGACGGAGGAAAGAAGGUGCCCAAGGGGUACCUCCCGCUGGCGCUGGUGGGCGAGGAUGGGGACGGCGACGAGCGGGUGGUGGUGCGCAUCGGGGCGCUCAAGGAGCCGUGCAUGGCGGCGCUGCUGGAGAUGGCCGCGCAGCAGUUCGGCUACGGCCAGCCCGGCGUCCUCAGGAUCCCCUGCGAUAGCCGGCAGUUCCAACGGAUGGUCAGCGCCAUGUGCAGCAAGUGCAAAGCCACGUAGGAUAGGCAGUGAUGGUCAUUAGUUUAUUACUGUAUAUACUGUGCUGU